GUUUUGCUAAUUAUAUUAUUGUUAUUCUUUUUUGAAUGACCAGAAGCGCAAUGUGAUUUGGGAUUUUGCUUUCUUUUUGAAUCCCAUCAUUUCCCUUCACAAAGGCAUCAUGAAUUCUAUAAGGGAAGGUUGUUGGAGUCCUCUGUUGGAGGGAUAAAGAAUGGAAUCAAAGAACAUCACCACCACUGUGACAGAAUUUGUCCUGUUGGGCCUGACACAGAGCCACAAGGUGCAGUAUUUUCUCUAUGUGAUCUUCUUUCUCAUCUAUGUGAUGACCUGGCUGCUGAACUUCACCAUCAUGGCCACUGUGGCUGUGGACCGCCACCUCCACACCCCCAUGUACUUUCUCCUGGCCAACCUCGCCUUCCUUGACAUCAGUGACUCCUCAGUCAACACUCCCAAGCUGCUGUCAGGCCUCCUCACCCAGCACAAAGUCAUCUCCUUCCACCAGUGCUUCCUCCAGAUGUUCUUCUUCCAUUUCAUUGCAGGUGCAGUGGCAUUUCUGCUCCUGGCCAUGAUGGUGGAUCGCUACGUGGCCAUCUGUGAGCCCCUGCGCUACCUGUGCAUCAUGAGCUGGAGCACCUGCACAGGCCUGGUGGCAGCUGCGUGGCUGGGUGGGUUUCUCCAUUCCAUCACACAAACUGGCCUUCUCCUCCAGCUGCCAUUCUGUGGCCCAAAUGUACUGGACAAUUUCUACUGUGACAUCCCCCAGGUCAUCAAACUGGCCUGCACUGACACUCGCGUGGCUGAGCUGCAGAUGGUGUUUAACAGUGGAAUGAUCCUCAUCAGCCUUUUUGUGAUCUUGAUUAUUUCUUACAUUGUCAUCUUGCUGAAGAUAAGGACGUGCAUCACGGAAGGGAAGAGAAAAGCUCUGUCCACCUGUGGAACACAGAUAACUGUUGUGAGCUUAAUAUUCAUCCCCUGCAUCCUCACCUAUGCCCAGCCUUAUAAGAAAUCCCCUGGGGACAAGGUGGCCUCUGUUGUUUUCACUGUGGUCACCCCAAUGCUAAACCCAAUGAUCUACACACUCAGAAACACUGAGAUGAAAAAGGCCAUCAGGAGAACGCUGGGGAAAAUAUUUCUGUCAGCAGGAAAGCAGAAACCGGAGCGGACAGCAGAUCCAAAGUUAUCAAAUGUGAUGCUCCCAUGACAAAACUGUGCUCAUCACUGAUAUUCCUGUGUAAAAGAAUGUGAGGUGCCCCUGACUCUGGGAAUGAUUGGUGUCUGACUCUAUUGAUUCAGAAUGCUGAACAAUUGCUUUAAUAGACUAUACUAUAUUACACUGGAUAAAGUUUUCUUUGUCCCUUCAGUGUUUUGGUUGUUUCUGGCACCAUCAAAUCUGGUGUUCCCAUGACAAAAUUGUUCAUCACUGAUAUUCCUGUGUAAAAGAAUGUGGGGUGCCCCUGACUCUGGGGAUGAUUGGUAUUUGACUCUAU